CGGCUGGGUUCCUGUCAGCUUCCUGUAGUAGUUGAAGAUGGCGGCUGCCUGGUUAGUCCUGCUCCUCUGUGCGGCGCUCAGUCCCGCGGCCGCUCUCUAUUUCCACAUCGGGGAGACAGAAAAGAAAUGCUUCAUAGAGGAGAUCCCUGAUGAAACCAUGGUGAUAGGAAACUAUCGGACCCAGCUUUAUGAUAAGCAAAGAGAGGAGUAUCUGCCGACAACACCUGGACUUGGCAUGCUUGUUGAAGUGAAGGAUCCAAAUGAUAAAGUUAUUCUUUCUCGGCAAUAUGGGGCAGAUGGUCGUUUUAUCUUCACAUCGCACAUUCCUGGGGAGCAUCAGAUCUGUCUUCAUUCAAACUCUACAAAGUUUUCACUUUUUGCUGGUGGUAUGUUGAGAGUUCACCUUGACCUGCAGGUUGGGGAGCAUGCUGUUGAUUAUGCUGAGAUUGCUGCCAAUGAUAAACUGAGUGAAUUACAGCUUCGUGUCAGACAACUGAUAGAGCAAGUGGAGCAGAUUCAGAAGGAACAGAAUUAUCAAAGAUGGCGAGAGGAGCGGUUCCGUCAGACCAGUGAAAGUACUAACACGCGGGUUCUCUGGUGGUCCAUUGCCCAGACUCUAAUCCUUGUGGCCAUUGGAUUAUGGCAGAUGAAGCAUCUCAAGAGCUUUUUUGAAGCAAAGAAACUGGUGUAACGCUAUUGGACAAACCCCAUCUAAUGUGCCAGAGAUGCAGGCCCCAUCUCCAGGUUGAUGUCUUCCAUUUACACCUCAGGAGGAUAUGAGUAUGAGACUGAGUUUCAAAAACUCCAGCAUGUGGGGCCAGAAACUCUGCCCGAAUGUUUUAUGUUACAUGUUUGCUGCCAUUAAUGGCAGACAUUUUGGAACUUUUUUACAAUUUAAUAUGAGAUUUUUGCCUGAAUCCCCUAUUCUCACCAUUAGAAUUUGACCCAUGCUUUAAAAUUUUUAUCCAUCUAAGGAAAUGAGUAGUCAGUGUCUCCAAAAAGCAAUAUGUGCGGUCUUGUUUGUUCAACUUGUUCAUAGUGGGAGAGAUUAAAAAAAACAAAAAAAAAACACUUGCACUAAAUGUGCAUGAAAAAUAGCACUUCUCCUAUGCUAUUGCUUGUAUUCUCCUGGUUAGAAGAGCUAUGGCUUUCCCAUGCAGCAAUGUUAAACUCAGAAAGGUGGGCCUGGAACUCUUCAAGAAAUGACUAUGACACUGACCUAGGAGACCACUAAAAAAAACUUGCACUCUACUGAGGUGUUAAAGACAACAAGGUGCAAUGCCUUGAUAAACUGUUUGUCUCUGUACAUUUUUUCCAGUAUAUUUAGUUAGUAAGAGCCCAUGCAAAGCGAGCGUCAUGCUGUGCUUCUUUUCUUUGUCUGUCUGCUUUUUUAAAUUUUGUUUUGUACGGUGUGGUGGCCUCUAGGAUACUUUUUGAAUUGUAAUUUAACAAAUGAAUGGGAUACCAGGCUGAUUUUUAGAUUUGUUAUUUUGUAUGUAUUUAAAAUUAAUAGUUCCUUGCAGGCAGAAGUGAUUUUCAGGUUGUUCGAGGCAUUGAUUGGGUGUCAUAAAAACAUUGGUCAGGGCAGCUGGGAGACAGUGACAUUCCUCUUUUACAGUCCUUUGGAUCAACUGCAAGUAAUAGAAACAACUUUCCUGCAUAUUUCCAUUUGAUAUACCAUAAUGAGAUUAUUUUGUUCCCUCCCUGGAUUUAUUGCACAUGUCAAGUAUCAAUAAGGGUUGCAGUAAUCUUCAAAAGACUGAUCAUUCGACAUUCAGGGAUUGGAGACAUUGGCAUUCCAAAUCCCAUGGGUCGUGUCAAGUUGCUUGAACAUUUUGGAUUUUUUUUUUUUUUAUGUUCUGCUUCAAUAAUAAAAACAAACAGUCUAACUUG